UUGGGCGUCGACCAUUUCAGCUGCUCGUGCGGAGGGAGAAGACGAGAGGUGUAGAAAUCGGAAGCCGCGGCAUCUCCUUCCCUUUGAUGCGGAGCCUUGUCAGGCAGUAUUCCGGCGUCAGGGAAUCAGGAGUUUUGACCACACACCUGGUGGUGAAAGUCACGCAUGCGGGGAAGUGAGGGGAUGGCCUGGGCUCCUGUUGAUGCUCUGGAGAGGAAGGGACGCUGAGAGUCGGAGGAGCCACUGGCCGGCUGCCCGCCCACCAGUCCAUUGGCUCCCGCCAGGAUGGCCUUCUCCCAGUCACACAUCAUGGCGGCUCGCAGGGUGCAGCACGGCCGGCUCCUCAUCGAGGUGGAUGAGUACAGCUCGAACCCCACGCAGGCCUUCACCUUCUACAAUAUCAACCAAGGCCGCUUCCAGCCACCGCACGUCCAGAUGGUGGACCCAGUGCCCCAUGAUGCUCCCAAGCCUCCUGGCUACACACGCUUUGUCUGUGUAUCUGACACUCACUCGAGGACAGAUCCCAUCCAGAUGCCAUAUGGAGAUGUCUUAAUCCAUGCUGGUGACUUCACAGAGCUGGGCUUGCCGAGUGAAGUGAAGAAAUUCAAUGAGUGGUUAGGGAGCCUCCCCUACGAAUAUAAGAUUGUGAUCGCCGGGAACCACGAACUGACCUUCGAUCAGGAGUUCAUGGCCGACUUGAUCAAACAAGACUUUUACUAUUUUCCCUCUGUGUCCAAGCUGAAACCAGAGAAUUAUGAGAACGUUCAGUCUCUGCUCACCAACUGCAUCUACCUUCAGGACUCAGAAGUGUCCGUGAGGGGCUUCAGGGUGUAUGGGUCCCCAUGGCAGCCCUGGUUUUAUGGCUGGGGAUUCAAUCUCCCGCGAGGCCAAGCCCUGCUAGAGAAAUGGAAUCUCAUUCCGGAGGGAACAGAUAUUCUCAUCACACACGGCCCACCGCUCGGCUUUCUCGACUGGGUCCCCAAGAAGAUGCAGAGAGUGGGGUGCGUGGAACUGCUGAACACAGUCCAGAGGCGGAUACACCCAAGGCUCCAUGUCUUUGGCCACAUCCACGAAGGCUACGGCGUCAUGGCAGACGGGACCACCACCUACGUGAAUGCGUCCGCCUGCACUGUCAACUACCAGCCCGUCAACCCCCCCAUCGUCAUCGACCUGCCCACUCCCCGCAACUCCUGAUCCCGGAGGGCUUUGCUCCCCUCCCCCCACUCCCCAGUCCUUCCCUCCCUUCCCGUCCCUUCCACCCAUGCUCCGGACCAAUCUGUCCCCGCAACAAGGCCGGAGGCUUUUGGGUGAGGGGGUCCCAUCACACGAACAGGGUCAUGCUCCCCUCGGCCUCCAGAAGACCGGGCAGAGGAAGACAUCCCGGGGGUCGGGGGUCUGACCGAAGGCACCAAGGAACCGGCCGCUCCUUCCUUCCGGCCCACUGUGGCCCAACUGGUCUCAGGAGUCACACUCUGAGCCACUAUCUAGCACAAGUGUGCAGAUUUUCUGGGUGUGUGUGCAUGUGUUUGUGUGUGCCUGUCUGCGUAUGUGUGUGUGUCAAGCACGUGUGUGUGCGCGUGUGUGUGUUGAACUGGUUAAGGGGCUGCCUUGUGACCACGAGGGAGAAUCCACGUGUGAGCAAGGGGCGGUCUGGCCUGGGGCCCCGCUCCGGCUCCCUGUCCCACUCUCGCAGCCACAGGGCAGUGGAGCCACCAACUAUGAGCCCAUGGGACAACCACUCCUCGCCUACUGACUGGCUGUCUCCUGUUAGAAAGUCGAGAUCCCCUCUCAUGCCAAACUGGGGGCAUGUCCCACCAAGUGCUGGGCAUGAGGAGGAGGGAGGAAAGAGAAGGGGUCAAGGAAGGAGGGGAUGAG